AUGACAACCAAUCCGAUAUCAACAUCACCGACAAAUACAACUAAUGCAUCAACUAAUUCAUGGUAUCAACCAACACACUGCGCAGAUCCAAGAUUUGCAAUGUCUCGUUUACUAACUGGCCAAACACCUUCUCAAUACGAUAUGUAUCAAUCUGCUGCAGCAUCAUCAAUGAUGGUUGAUCCACUAAAGUCAGCUUAUCAUCCAUUUGCUUUUACACCAAAACGUAAACGUCGAGUUCUGUUUUCUCAACAACAAGUCAUGGAAUUGGAAAAACGCUUCGAUAAAAAUCGAUAUUUAAACGCUCAAGAUCGUGACCAAUUGGCACAUUCACUCAGUUUAUCCUCGACACAAGUUAAAAUCUGGUUUCAGAAUCAUCGGUAUAAAACAAAGAAAGCAACAAAAGAGAAAAAUGGAAGUAAUUGUGCCGAUAGCAGUGAUGAACAAUCAUCAACAGGCAAUCCUCAUCAACAUUCAUCGCAAAUGCAAUCAAAUAUGUUUCAUUCGCAAAUACCGAUUUCAGCAGCAGGCCAUCAACGACUUCCUCAUGGACAUCAUUUACAUCCUCAUUCAUCUCUUCACUUAUUGAAACAUGAACCACGUUAA